AUCCAAACUCGUUCGUAUACAUACAGUUACUUUCUCAGUUUCCUCAGUGUAUACUACCAAUCGAAUAUUACACGAAAUUACCACAGCAUACAUGCUGUUCUGUCCAACAUGUGCUAAUCUGCUUGUGAUAUCAUCGGAAACAGGCUACAAUAAAUGGGCGUGCAAUACGUGCGCAUAUGAGUUUCCGAUCUCGAAGCAGAUGACAUCCCGCUCGCGUAUGAAGCGCAAGGCGGUAGACGAUGUGCUUGGAGGAGAGGAGACUUGGCGAGAUGCUGAUUCUACUGCUGUCGCUUGUGACAAGUGUGGUCACCCACGCGCGUAUUUUUAUCAGCUACAGAUUAGAUCUGCAGAUGAGCCUAUGACGACCUUUUACAGAUGCGCCGGAUGUGCCUAUCAAUGGCGUGAAAAUUAAUAGUUUCUCAAAAUGCUUUGCUUAAACCGACUCCUCAUCUAAAUAUUUCUUAAAUGUUUCCACAAAGCGUAGCCAAGCGGUUGCUUUCACCUGGGCUUGAGUGCACACGUGCACCCUAGAUUCUACUUGUUUCAGUUAUUAAGGGUGACAUGUUCUUCUGACACCCGAUCAAUCCUAUGUUCCAGCCGUCACGGGCCUUGAUCGUUGCCGCUAUUCUCAUACUAGAGUAGAAACUAUGUCGUACUGUUUUCCCCCCGCUGCCA